CGCACGCGGACGCACGCCUCCGUACACGAGUACACGCGUGGUCCACCGCCGCCGUCGGCGCACCAACGUGGGAGUUGCCGGCUUGGGUGACUCGCACAAGCGUCGCGUCGCCCAUCGGCGAUACUCUUGGCGGAAUCCCCCUGCUCGAUAGAGCCUCGUGUUUCGGCAACUCCUUUGUCGGAGCACACGUACAGCCCGCACUCGUGCACUCACUGCUGUCGCUCGGAUUAGCUGCCGCCAACGGCCUGGGAUUAGCUUCGGCUGGAGAGCUCAAGCAAAGGCAGCGUCGCCGUCCAGCCAUGUGGCCAAGCCUGCUGAGCCUGGCUUUCGGCCUGACUUACGUCUGCAGCCGGACUCCUUCCACGCAUGCGCAGAGGUUCCGAUCUCCGUGGGUGCACGAUGUGGAGCACCUGGAGGCCCAGGCCAGCUACCGGACGGCGCGCCUGCGCUGGCAGUACCGGCACCUCCCGCAACCGCCGGCGUUCCGGGUGCAGAUCUGCGAACUGCUACCGUGGCUGCCCAAGACGGGACCCCGCUGCCGACUCAGGAGGCUAAGCCUACGAGGUCCUCAGGCUGUUUACGACAGCGAUGGCACGCCCCGCAGCCUGGAUCUACUGCGCAAGUCGUCCAAGUCUGGUUACGAGGCGCUAAUCGGAGACCUUCGGUUGCUGACAAACUACAGCGUGGCUGUCGAGCCGGACUUCUCAAGUGACUCGGACGUGAAUGCCAUCCUGUACGGCUCAGGGCAGCUGCCGGCUGACGCUGCUGCCGGUGAGGAAGACCGGCGCUUCCAGAUGGUCACCUCUGAGUACACACUGAUGACCACCAAGGGAUUCUCUGCGCGGGCGGAGCGGUGCUUGGCGAACGCCUCCCGCGUGAUCGUCAGCACGGGUCCCUUCUUCGGGGGCAAGAUCGCCGUCGAGGACAGCAACGACGACGCCUGCAUGCUGUUCGGCGACCCCGGCUCACCGCAAGACGCGUACACACUCGACAUCGACCACAAGCGAUGCGGAAGCCGACUGGUGAACGGGUCCAAGAUGGAGACGAACAUCAUCGUCCACGAGAACCGAGACAUAAUCACGCACAACACGCGCCGCUACUUGGUCGUCUGCAGUUUCCUGCCGGACACUUACACAAUCACAGCCUCGGUCAACCUUCCCGUGGUCCGCGGCAAGAAGAAGAGCAACGUGGCGACGCACACCAAGGUACCGGGCGGCCUGCUGCUGGCCAACGCGCGGCUCGAGACGAGCACUGAGCAGAACGAGGUGUUCACCUACCAGCGCUACAAGGACAGCAACGUGCGCGACUCGCGCAUCGCCGCCGAGCAACGCAGCAGCACCACGCUCGACAGUGACGCCAACGGCACCCACGUCACAGGCAGCAUGGCGCUGGCUCUCCUGCUGGCCACAACUGGUCUCGUAGGCUGCUGCGCCGCGCUCUCCUGGUACGCGGCCACGAGCCUUCAGCAGCGCCCCAAGAAGGCGGACGCCCACCCGCCGCCUUCCGAAGAGAGCGGCCGCACGGCAUGUGAGCCUAGCCCCAUCGCUCCCGUCGACAGCGGCUCGGCGGACGCCGGCGACGGAGAGAAGGAGCAUAAACUCGACGUCGACAAGCAAGAGGAGCAGCUGGAGGAACAGCUUGAGCAAGACGACCAGCUAGAGUCGUGUGUGGUCAACUUCAUCACCAUCGAAGGCAAACCAGUCGCGCUGAUCCCGGACUCCACGGCGAGCGAAGUGUGACUGCGCGCUCGUUUCCGUGCAUAGUUCAGCUACGUCGCCGAUGGUGUCGCCUUCGCCUCCCGAUGUCAUCGAAUCGCGACCCUCGCACGCACAUUGCGUAACGUGCAAGGGUACGACCCCCUUUCUUCAUCACCACAUGGCAGCAGGUCGCGGGUCGAGGACCACGACAUGGGUUGUCUCAAUUUAUCCCGCCACUCUUGCUUCGCCCAUUUAACAAGACCCGCCGAGUAGUUCAGGUGCCGCGCGCCUGAUUUUACAUGUGCUAUGAAAAAAAAAAGUGUCCACAGCACCGUUUUACACAUAUGGGAAAACACGAACAUAUUAUUUUAGCGGUCUUUAACCUGACGCACUGAACAUUACACUAUAAUCAACGCUAUGGCAACUUUUGGUGCAAUAGUAGAGGCUCGUUAGCGCAACACACCACAUGAACUGUUGUUAGCACUGCCAGCAUUCAUUCAAGCUUGCGGAAUGGUCAAGAGUUAAGACUGGCACAUUUAUCUAGCCGGGAAACGUGCGUUACCGUUGCAGAAUGUGCACAAAAGAGGCGCAAAACUCCGGGCUAGCGGACCUUGUGCCGGUGUCUUCGGUGUCACCGUUUCUCACACCGGGAACAGGUGAGAAGCGUCCUCGUGAACUUUUGGCGUCACCUUGCUUGACGGUUGAAGAGCCGAAAAAACUUUUUUCUGCCCAUGUCAUGUCCAGUACCAUUAUAUGUGCGUCUACGUUUGCUCAUGACAGUCUUCCCGAGGGUGUUUACUCGUGCUGGGAACCAUCAAAGAGACGACGACGACGGCGAAUUCGCCAAAACACUCUACUCGGCUCUGCUUCAUGGAAAAUUCCCAACCGCAAGGUUGCAUGCCCAAAUUAUUUUCAGAGAAUGGAUUCAGAGAUUGACGAUAACUGACUUACUUUGUCAGCUCUAGCACUGAGCGAUACAUAAUACGGUAUGACACAUAAUGUUACUAAGCAAGCACUUCUUAGUGACGGAACGCAUCAUCACGUAGGUCACAAUGCAUGACCAGUCGCUGAACAAAUCUGUGAAGGGGAGCGAAAGAUUACACUGCUGCAGCAGUGCAACUAUUGAACCCAACCAAGUUCGUUGAUCUGUAAUGUCGAGAGAGCUUGGCAUUCAUUUGCACGAGCCUGGAAUGCAGAGGAUAACAACCCUUUUAUGCUGAUUUUGUCACUGCGUUUUCGAAAGUUCGAUUCUGUUCACAUUGCGCAUUUUUUACCCUUCCAGGGCUUGCUGUUUGAAAUAUACAAAAAUCGGUUCGCUUACCGCACACGCAAACAUUAGUAAAUUCCAAAUAAAUAUUUAUAUUCUACGCACAAUAUGCAGUUUUCCGCAACAGCUCCCGUAAAAUUCAUUUUUAUGAAUUUCCACAGUUACAACUUUGAAAAUAAAACAGAGCAUUUGCAUUGGUGAUGCGUGCCUGCGCGUGUGGAAAUAACAACCUUAGCAACUCAUUUAUGUUAUAUUUACCCGAAAGGCGUCCGGUUUCUCAUAGAAUCCAGGCCUGUUUCUAGCUUGCUGGUUCAGAAGUUUCUGUCUGUUCAUGCCAGUAAUUUCAGUUGACGAUGUUGAUGAUCCGUUCUGUGAGAACUAGGUUUACUUUGAUGAAGCUGAACAGCGAGACCAGUUUGUUCGUGUUGAGGCUAAACAUUGUUCUGCGAGAAACAGACGCCUACCAGCAAAGACCACAGGACAAACGCGUGAAUCUUUCAAAACUUGUACGUUACAUUGCACUUAAUAAACACACUAGGGAAGCGAUGCGAACAUGCAGCCUAGGCCAGUUUCCUGCUUACAUGUUCACCUUCCCCUCACUGAAUAUACCUUUGCAAAGUGCAAAAUAAGGCACCAUCUGAAAGCCUAACAUGUGUCCUGUCAUCCUCUCUUCACUGAUUUGUGUCGCCUUUUUUCAGUCGCCCAAUGUUUAGUCUCGGCUAUGAUAACCAUCGUAUGUUACCAAAAAUUUACCUUAAUCUUAACCUCCAAUUUUCUUUAAGACAGCUAGAGAAAACUCGUCGUGCAGUAGCGUCAUUGUUGUGCAAAGAAUACAUAUGUCCCUCAACAUGCACCACAUGUGAUAUUAUAGUUGGUUUUGGGCAAAGUUCAAAAACGAACACGCUUCCCACGUUCUACUGCAUGGCCCUGCGCGAGGAACGUUCACGUUGUGGCAAUUUUUCUUCAAUAAAGGCAGGAAUGCAGCCGGUCAGAUCGCUUGUGAGCAGAAAGUGCGCUUGGUUAUCGAUAUCAUUCAUCUUAUGCGGAAUCAGAACGAUUCUUCCGACAGGUAUUUUUCUAAAUCUUUCAGCGUCACAUCAUGCAGUGAGUUAUUGGAAAUAGUCAAGCCAAUGGACAAUAGUGUUUUCUUACGCUUCAAUGACGCUAAAUACAAAGGAACAUCAGACAGAAAAUUGGGAUCAGGGUUGCCGUGCAGGGGCCUAAAUAUAGUCUUAAUCAUUUCUUUUAUCACCUCGGUCGGCGUUUGUAUUGUUUCUGUGCCAUUAUUUCCGAAGAAAGGAGGUUUCGCAACAAUCUCGACUUCUUCACGUGGCGCUGCAUUUCAUAAGGAGCAAGGUGUAAUGCCUGACGAAGCGAUUAGAACAUAGGGCCUGGUAUUUUCCUAGCGCGUCGGUCCACUUUCAGUGACUUGUGGAGAGCGACAAAGAUGAACUUUGUUGUACAAACGUCUCGUUGACGAGACGUGAUCGCUGGUGACACGUCGUGUGUUGCUUUAGAGUUGGGAAGUUCCCUAUAUGCGCUGAAUGUGCUCCACUAGGCGUCGCCAGAGCUUAGGGAUGUAAAUGUGCCCACCUGUGCAGAUUGCUUCCCGUACCCGCUGUGGAUGUCCGGAUGCUGCGGCGUUCUCUUGCUGAACACGGAGCGGUGUGUUCGCUUUCCAGUUGCAGUGGCAGCAUUUCGAUGGGAAGGAAUGUCAACAGAGCUCGCGUACAAUGUCUGGAUGCAAGCUAAAGAACAUCAAGUUACCAAAAUUAAUGCGGAUUUCUCGUCUACGGCGUCGCUGAUAGGCCCUCCGUUGCUUUUGAACAUUGAACCUCAUCAAUCAAAUCAGCUUGUUUUGAUUGUCCUCAUCGGGACACAGCGGAAAUGAAACGUCUUGCCAUGUAGCGUUCCUGCCUUUUCUUUCUGCUUGCCACAUUUAGCGGAAUUCACGAAGAGUCGACAAUCCCAAACUUCUGUGAUCCCGUCCUAUUAAUUUUACCAAGCUGGUUUUUCGCUGAGAAGAAGCUCCUAUGGCAAAAGUGUGAAAUCAGCGUGGUAUCAUCUACAAGAUGCAUUGACAAUGGCUGAAACCAUGCCUGACCUAAUGGUAGGAAAGGCAAGAUCUUUUGACAGGUAAACCAUUGUGAACCAAGUUUCGGCCUUCGCGUUUUCGCUGGCUUUGUAGAUACGCUAUAAUGUGCUGUUCGCUUUGAACAGGGUGCUACUGAAAAGAAGCGAAUGCUAUGUUACAUUUAAACUGUAUGAACGUGUCGCAGCAUGUGCCCCUUUUUAGAACUACUUUAGGAUUCGAUAAUUCAGGGACGAAACGCAAAUACCUUGGUUCCACAAAUGUGUGACCUAUAGAAUCGCGCUUAAUUAGGAAGCGAGAACCGCUAGGACUUGAAGACCGUGGAAUACUGUAGGGACUUAUGAUGCGAAUAGUCGGUGAAGUGUCUACCAUUUCUAAAUGUAGUUUCGCUUUCAUAAAUGUUUGUGACCUGACAAGCAUAUUCAAACCUGCAACUACACACUCUUUUUCUUUCUCCGCGUAUAUCCGUUCAUAUUCGAUUUAGGUAGAAGCUGGAGCUACAUUCGAACCAUGGCAUGUUUUCCGCCUAGGUAUUGCACCAUUCAAGAAUGGGUGUCAUGGGUCAACUGUGAACAAGAGGCUGCUAAUAGAACACAACUAAAUGCAUGAUGCAAGACUGUCAAUAUUCGUUUAAGUUAUUACCAAUAACAGCGAAUCAUUUUUUUACACCCUGCAACUGCUAUAAUCCUGGUCUUUUGAGGCUACGCUCGACCCAUCAGUCCUUCACACUGAACUGAUAGCCAAGCAUAUGCGACAGCUGAAGCUCUUUGGUUAGCUUAGUUUUAUCAUUGUCUAAAUUUCAGUCCUGUGCUGCCUUGCCAGAAACGGCGCAGGAGAACACAAAUGCUAACACGCCUCGUGCCAAUCUUCGUCGUGCCUAGUUGUUGCGAGGCUGGCGUAAUUCACAUUUUCGGCACAAUACACGAGUAAGAUUAAGGCACAGUGGCACAGAAAUGACGUGACUGGCGCAGCGGAGUGAAGCCACGAUGUCGUUGUCAAAAAUUGUUUGCUUUGCCUUCUAUGGUGGCGCAUACUUACUGCGGGGGAUCGGCCAAGAUGUGGACGGUAAGAAUGCAGCGGUUUCGUCGUCGUCUUCUUCAGGCACGAUUCCGAAGCUUUCAUUUUGUCUGCGACACGAGUUCGUCGAAGGGUGGGCGGAGUGGCGACAGGCAGGCGCAAAGUGCAUUCGCUUUCAUGUCCCGCGCGUCUUUUAUGAAUAAAGCUGCGAGUGCACUCCUCUGCUGCAGUGAUGCGUUCAAUUUCGGUACGUGCUGAAGGUAGAGAGAACUCGCUGUCUUAUGCUACCUGCCCUGGACUGCCAAGGCCCUUUCCAAGGCAACUUUAUGCUGGACAGAAGAAAAUGUGAUUUCGAGCAAACGAAAAAAACACUUUGCGCCUUCGGAGAAGUGGUAAUUACUCGCGCCAAAAAGUAAAAGAUAAGCGAAGAACCACCAAUGCAGUCUCUAGCCGUAAUCUGCACUGUAACUUUGUUAGGCGACAGUGGGCUCGCGUAACAGCCUAACAAAAUGGCCAGCAAAAGUAAACCGAAGAGAUGGCUUUCAGCUACGCAUUAUUUUCUUUAAUCCCUUCAUAGUUCUUCAGUUUUAGUUACAAUAUAUCCCUGCGAAAAUCCGCGUCCUAGUAGUCUACGAACACAUGCUCUCUAGCCUGGUUUCUUUUUUUUAACGCAACCAACUAUAAUUUAUGGGACGUAAAGGUUUUCAUGCAGGAUCUAUAUUUAACUGAAUGGGUACCCCCGUCCUCCUCCCCCACGCGAAAUCUAUAAAAUAGGCUUUCCACACCAGGUGGCACAUUAUAUGUAAACCAGCUACUACGUACACCUUUUCGUAAAAAAACAACUGUGUUGCGCAACUCCCCGCGGGGGCGCAGAGAAAGAAAAUCUCACUAGACGUAUAUUUAGCUCUCAUAGGACGGCGUCUCUACAUGCAACUCCGAGCAAUGCGGGCAGUGGUGUCAAGCCCGCACGUCAGCUUCAUGACAGACAUCUCAGAUGUGGAGGGGCCGGUAAAUUCCCCUGACGUGAUCCAAAGUGGUUUCUAUGUGCGGGUCAUUCAUUGUAGGGAAGAACAGCAAACUAGCAGGGUCGCUGAACAGAGCACGAAUUUUCUUUUCGAGGUAGCACGCAUGCCGUCACAGUAGCUCUCUCUAAACGUUGAAAUACUGUUCAUGUUUUGUUGAACGAGCAAAGCGAGGCGCGUGAAUAAAAAUUAUGUCAAACUCCAAAAGAUCUCACAAGUGCAUCACUGACCACCCUAUUCAGACAUUCAGACAGAAGAUCGACUUGUUUCGGGGAUACAAUUAGAAAGGGGCACUUGCGCAUGGGCCCUCGCGUGCCGAGAUUGCACUUAUGCGAGAAUGUGUCAAAGCGAAAGGCCGCGCGAGCUUUUUGGGAGCUGCACGUAAUCUUUGUUCAUGUGCCUUGAACUGUCUGCUCAUUCGUGCUUUUCUUGACCACUCGUACCUAUAAUUGUACCACCGCUCGUGCUGGAAUAAAACAGUUGUUAGUUCAC